UAACCAUUGCAAGUAAUAAACAAGUGGACUUCAAAAAUCAAUAUUGAGUAAUUUGUAACCCAAAGUGGUAUUUUUUGUAAGUCUCAACCUUGGUUUUAUCUGGCAUGGCCUAUAAAAGCAAAACCCAAAUCCUCAAUGAAAGCAUGCAUCAAUAGCUUCAAGUCUUCAACAAUGGAGGUUCCAUACUUGUACAUCUCCUUCCUACUGCUUCUGGCCUCCUACUUCUUCACACUCCAUCUCCAUCGCAAAUUCUCCAACCUUCCGCCAACCGUUUUCCCUAGCCUCCCCAUAAUCGGCCACCUAUAUCUUUUAAAACCACCAGUGUAUAGAACCUUCGCCAAGAUCUCCGCGAAGUAUGGCCCCAUCCUCCUCCUCCGCCUUGGAUCCCGCCGUGUCGUCUUGCUCUCCUCCCCUUCUGCAGCCGAAGAAUGUUUCACCAAAAACGACAUCAUUUUUGCCAACCGGCCUCGCAUGUUAUUCGGUAAGAUCCUAGGCAACAACUACAACAGUCUCGUUUGGUCGCCCUACGGUGACACCUGGCGCAAUUUCCGACGAAUUGCCUCAAAUGAGAUCCUCUCUACUCUUCGCCUCAACGAGUUCCAAGAUAUACGUGUCGAUGAAGGCAGGAUCCUGAUACGGAAACUGCUUUCUCAUUCGUCCAUGGUGGAUAUGAAGUCGGUUUUGUAUGAGCUGACGUUGAAUGUGAUGAUGAGGAUGAUCUCCGGGAAGAGGUAUUUCGGCGACGAUACACCGGAGGUGGAGGAAGAAGGGAAAAAGAUAAGGGAGAUACUAGAAGAGAGUUUUUUGCUUUCUGACGCAGCUAAUGUUGGUGAUUACUUGCCGAUUUUGAGUUGCUUGGGAGGGAAGGGACUGGAGAAGAAAUUGCUUGCGUUGAAGGAAAAGAGGGAUGUGUUUUUUCAAGGUUUGAUCGAACAACUUAGAAAGUCGAGAGAUAAAAAGAAGAAGACGAUGAUUGAAGUGUUAUUAUCUCGUCAAGAAUCAGAUCCCAAAUACUACACUGACGAAAUGAUUAGAGGCUUGUUUAUGGUCUUGUUAUCGGGUGGAACCGAUACUUCGGCUGGAACUAUGGAAUGGGUUAUGUCUCUUUUGCUAAACAACCCACAAGUUUUACAAAAGGCACAACACGAGAUGGAUACAGUUAUUGGUACAGACAGACUUAUUGAUGAAUCAGACGUAAUCAACCUCCCUUACCUCCGUUGUAUCAUAAACGAGACCCAACGAUUGUAUCCGGUGGGCCCGCUACUCGUCCCUCACGAGUCAUCAGAAGAUUGUAUUGUCAGUGGCUAUAAAAUCCCAAGUGGCACAAUGUUACUUGUCAAUCAAUGGGCCAUACAUCAUGACCCGAAUAUAUGGGUCGACCCGGAAAGAUUCGACCCUGAAAGGUUUGAAGGGCUGGAGGGGACAAGAGACGGGUUUAAGUUUAUGCCAUUUGGGUCGGGAAGGAGGAGUUGUCCUGGGGAAGGGCUGGCAAUGCGGGUAAUUGGGUUGACUUUGGGGUUGCUUAUUCAAUGCUUUGAGUGGGAAAGAGUGAGUGAAAAGAUGAUUGAUAUGACCGAAGGUUUUGGGCUCAACAUGCCUAAGGCUGAACCACUUGUAGCCAAGUGUAAACCACGUUUACAGAUGGAGAAGCUGCUGUUGAAUGUGUGAGUCGAUUGUCAUGUUGGCUAUUGUCUAUUCAGAAGCAAGUUUAUGAUUGAGGUUUUUCUAUAUAGUUACAAAAUAUUUGUGAAUUUUAUGUCUAGAUCACGUUUAUUGAUCUAUGUUUAUGUGAUCAUAGUUCAUGUUCUCAUAAGUGUAUGUGUGUAUCCAUUGGAACUAGUUUAAUGAAGAUCUCCCUCGGAGAGAUAGUAUUGUCUA